AUGCCGGCACCCGCGCACGCCCCGCCGUCCCCGGACAUCCAUCCAUCCAAACGCCACCGCCAGUCGUCCCCCGAUAAGGACUCGCCCACGUCGCUCCUCUCGAUUUCGCCGACGAGCGAGCAGAUACACGACGGGUCGCUGGGCCACACCGGCCCUGGGCUGGCUGGGAAGGUCGGCCAAAGCAGCAGCUUCCGCAAUGUGAGCGCGUGCAACCGGUGCCGUUUGCGCAAGAAUCGCUGUGACCAGAAACUCCCCAGCUGCGCGAGCUGCGAAAAGGCCAGUGUCGCCUGCGUUGGCUACGAUCCAAUCACCAAGAGAGAGAUACCAAGGAGCUACAUUUUCUAUCUGGAAAAGCGGGUUGAGCAGCUUGAGGGCCUUUUGACUGCCAGCAACAUCCCGUUUCCACCCGCCCAGAACCUCGACUACUGCUCCAAGUCGGGCAGCGGGUCAAACAGCAUUCGGUCUCCCACAGAAACAGCCCAAUCGGAAGGGGCAGAUGCUACCAGCAGUCUCAAGACCGAGGGUGAUGGUGGUGACGGCACGGGCAGGUUGCAACCGCUUGCUUCCAAGUCCACUUCAUCUGACACCGUCGGCGCUGGGAUUAGCCGGCACCUGGGUUCGACGUCCGGGAUAUCCUUUGCCCGUGUAGUCUUCGCCGCUGUCCAAUCGUCUGUUUCAGAUCAAAAGUCAAACUCGGAGAAAGGGGGUGUACGGCCGUACCGGCCCGGCCCUAACAAUGGCGCCGGCGCGUCCGGCUCGGGCACGUCGAUGCGUGAUUCCUUCUUCGGCCUACAUACCAAGCCAACGAUCCAUCCAGCAACAUUUCCUGAUAAGAAGCUUGGGAAGAGGCUUAUUACUCUAUACUUUGAGCACGCUAAUCCCCAAAUCCCUGUCCUCCACAGGGUCGACUUCAUGGACAUGUUUGAACGAGCGUAUGCUGACCAAGGACGACUGCGUGGACCGCGGGAACUCUAUGUGCUGAACAUGGUCUUCGCUAUUGGAGCGGGCAUCAUCCUAGGCGAUUCCAAAGGCGAACACCCUAUCAUCACAGAGUCUGGUAGCGCCUCGGCUGGAUCGAGGCAGUGCCAGCCCGAGGAAUACCACGCCAGCGCAAUUGUUCACCUAGAGGCCUGUCUUGGGAGCGGCGGUGGUUUAGAAAAUCUGCAGGCUGUGCUGCUUCUAGCUAACUUUGCCUUGCUGAGACCCGUACCUCCCGGGCUGUGGUAUAUCAUUGGCGUCGCAGUGAGACUCGCGGUUGAUCUGGGAUUGCACUACGAGGACGGCAAGGAUGUUGAGGCCGGCCUCGGCGACACGACGAGUUCCCAGGAGGCAGUCACCAAAGAGAGAGGAAGGCGCGAGUAUGUGCGCGAUUUGAGGCGACGGCUGUGGUGGUGUACCUACUCAUAUGACCGUCUGGUUAGCAUGUGCGUCGGACGACCGCCUGGGAUUUCGGACCAAGUUAUCACGACCGAAUUUCCCUCCUUGCUCGAGGACCGAUACAUCACCCAAACCGGCAUCGUCGAGCCGCCUAUUGAGAUGCUGCGGCCAACUUACAAGCUAGUCGCCCAUCACUACUUCCGGCUCAGGCUUCUACAGUCCGAGAUACUUCAGGUCCUGCUGUUUCGACAGGCUCAGAACGCCAGGACCGGCGGUUUAAACCCCAAGAACCCCUAUAUGCAUACCUCCCUACCUUCACCGUUUUUGUCAAAGUUCGAUUCGUUCCGGUCGUGGCGGAUCGAUAUUGAUAAGCGGUUGUGGGAAUGGAAGAAUUCGGCGCCGACGAAGCAAGAUACUGGCGUGGCCUUCUCGACCGAGUUCCUGGACCUCAACUACUGGCAAGCCAUUAUCAUGCUCUACAGGCAGAGCCUCAGCGUGCCCACCGUCUUUGAGGGCGAGUACGAUACAACGAAGGAGGUGAACAGCCCCGCCGUCUAUAAUGCAGAGCUCCGCGAAGACGAAGAACGAGUUUAUCUCAAGGUUGCCGAGGCUGGGCAAAAAGUCUUGCGCCUAUAUCGCCAACUGCAUCUGGUGGGCUUAGUCAACUACACCUAUUUGACCACGCACCAUCUCUUCGUAGCUGGGAUAUCGUACCUUUACGCCAUCUGGCAUUCUCCUAUUGUAAGGAGCCGGCUGACUAUGGACGAGGUGGAUUUCACUAUCCUCGCAGCGACAUCUGUCUUUACGGAUUUCAUGGAUAAGUGUCCGCCUGCCGAGGCUUGCCGGGACGCUUUCGAUCGAACUGUCAAAGCCACGCUCAAGAUGGUCAAUGCUUCCGGCGGCUUUGGCCAACAGUACCGGUCGGGCCGCACCAACACCCACCCCAGCUCCAGAAGCAGCCUUGAUCACCGGCCGGACUGGAGUUCCGGAAGCGAGAAUACAUCUAUAUCGAGCCUCAAGCCCCAAUACAGACGCCACCAGCAGCACCAGCUGUCUAAAGACCGGUCCUCGGCACGGCCGCCGCAUAUCGACGUUGCUUCGGAUCGCCAUUCAAAUAGCGGCGCGUCCGCCUCACUGCUGUCCCCCUUCCAGCAAGGCGCGCCAUACCGUCUGCCCGGCCCGCAACCGGCUGCCACCAAGUCUGACGCGGAUGGCUUCUCCAUGAUGCAAAACCUCGCCUUACCGCCGCGCAGCAACGCCAGCUCCGCUGGAGGUAAUGCUCCCAAUCCUGUCACGCCCGAGGCACUAUCCAUCGACCCGCCCCUGGUCCCAUCUCCUACAAUCCUACAAGCCAACCCCCGAACCCAGCCUCAGCUUCAACAACAGCAACCAAAUGCCACUCCGCCCGCUGCCACGCAGCUAAGCUCACCAGCCACGGACGUGACAGGCGGCUUCUUCUCCCCACAACAGCAACACCAACAAUUGCCCCAGCAGCCGUUCAGCCCGGGUACCACGAUACCCUUUAGCAACUUGCAGGGGAUGGAUUUUCUGCAGACUCCAGGCCCGGGCUCGGCGGGCUCUGGUGCGUCGGGAAUCAUGGAUGGUGCCGACUUUAGCGGCCUGGCUGAUACCCAGAUGGAUCUGGGUUUUGGGCUUGGCUGGGAAGGGGUCCAGCAUCAUGACUUUAGCGACGGACCGCAUCUAGACCUGUUUGAGGGCUUCUUCUUUGGCGGAGCGGGGAACGUGGCAGGUAGCGGUGCCGGGGGGAAUGCGAAUGGGGUUGGAGUUGGAAAUGGCUCUGGUAGCAGUGGGAAUGGUGGGGAUGGGAUAGGGAAUGGGCAUGGGAAUGGAAAUGGGGCGAGGAUGGAUGAUAUCCGUUAG